GUGUCCGAAGUAGGGUCGACGACUGUGUUUUUAUAGUAUAUAAAUUUCAGAUCGUUCGUCACUAGCAUUAAUAUAAUCUGUCAGUUCGAUCAGUGUUCAUCAAACAAUUAUUAUCAAAUCAAAUAAACUUAUCCACACAAUGGCGGCUAAAGCCUUGAUUAUUGCCUGUUUGGCCAUUCAAGCCAAUAUUAUCGCUGGAUUAGAUUGCUCACCUUCAUAUUCAUCCGGAUAUGAACAAAAGGAAUAUUCUUCACCAUCGUAUCCAUCUUCCUCUUACUUAGCUCCAUCAUACGGCGCCAAGCCUCAGUCCUAUUCUGCUCCACAAUCUUAUUCUUCUCCUUCAUCAUACUCAGCGCCAUCACAUUCAUCAUCUUCCUACUCUGCUCCUUCAUAUUCUUCUCCAGCAUAUGGUAAGCCACAAUCUUACUCUGCUCCUUCGUAUUCAGCUCCAUCAUACUCAGCUCCGUCAUCAUCAUAUUCUGCUCCCUCACACUCGGUUUCGUAUUCUUCUCCUUCAUAUUCACCAUCAGCUCAAGCUUAUGGUAAACAACAAUCUUAUUCAGCUCCUUCUUACUCUUCCCCGUCGUACUCUGCUCCAGCUUAUGGUAAACAACAAUCUUAUUCAGCUUCUUCUUACUCUUCCCCAUCAUACUCUGCUCCAGCUUAUGGUAAACAACAAUCUUAUUCAGCUCCUUCUUACUCUUCCCCAUCGUACUCUGCUCCAGCUUAUGGUAAACAACAAUCUUAUUCAGCUCCUUCCUACUCUUCCCCAUCGUAUUCUGCUCCAGCUUAUGGUAAACAACAAUCUUACUCAGCUCCUUCUUACUCUACUCCAUCCUACUCAACUCCAUCUUACUCUUCUCCGUCUGCAUCUUAUGAACAACCCAAAUACCCAGUAUCUCAAUACUCAGCUCCCUCAUACGAAGCUAAGCCACAAGCAUAUUCUGCUCCCGCUGCAUCAUACAGCAAACAACCAUCUCCCUCUGCAUCGUCUUAUCCAUCUUACCCAAGCCAAAAAGCUCAUGCUGAAGAAUCUUACGCACCAGCUCCAUACAAAUUUGAAUACAGCGUAAAUGACGAACAUACAUAUGAUAUCAAAAGCCAAAAGGAGGAAAGUGACGGAUAUCACGUAAAAGGAUACUACACUUUGUUGGAAGCUGAUGGUUCCCGUAGAACAGUUGAGUAUACCGCAGACGAAAAUGGAUUCAACGCAGACGUGAAAAAAGAAGAAGCCCAGGGUUAUAGCAAAUCUACUCCAGCGUACAACAAGGACUCCCAAGCAUAUAAAUCAGCACCAGCUGCAUACAGCGCACCAUCAUACAACAAACAAGAAUCAUCUUAUGGUGCACAACCUUCUUAUAACACACCUGCAUAUAAUAAACAAGAAUCAUCAUACGGUGCUCCAGCCAAACAAUCUCAACAAUACGAAGCUCCGUCAUACUAAUUAUUUCACUAUUUAUCAACCACGAUAAAAGGUUAAAUAAUAUUAUAACUUAACUUCAAAUACCAAAUUAUAAUUUUAUAAAUGUUACAACUUAACUGUUAAGCUUUUUUAAAAAUUUAAAUAAGAAUAAAAAAAAGUAUUAUUUAUUUUGUUUUUUUGAAUAAUUAUGUAAUUGAAUAAUCAAUUAUUAUAAUAUUUAUAUCUUUAAAAAUAUAUGUUAUUUUUCAAAUUUAA